AUGACUUGUGAAGCCUGUCGCACUAUUCCGCCCAUCAUUUCCCAGGGUUAUGAGCCUAAGGGCGAGUAUGGCAUCAUUGCUGGGUUGAAUACUUACAAAGCCGGCAACCUCAACUCCACGACCGCCAUAAUCGACAUCUACGACAUUUUCGGCAUCUCGCCGCAGACCAUCCAAGGCGCAGACCUCCUCGCAGCCCGGCUUAAUACUCUCGUCCUCGUACCGGACUUCUUUAAAGGCAAUUGUGCUCAGCAUGACUGGCUUCCCAUGGACACGGAAGAAAAAGAAAAGGCCAUGAUGGGUUUCUUCAAGGAAUUUGCACAGUUUGAACCCAAUGUAGAGGUCUUGAAGAACGCGGUAGAGGGGUUCAAGGUAGCUUUUCCGGCAGUUGAGAAGUGGGGUGUUUUUGGAUUGUGUUGGGGGGGAAAGGUCACGGCGCUUUCGUCCGGAGAAGGAACUCCAUUUGUCGCUUCGGGACAGGUUCACCCUGGUCGCAUGGACAAAGCCGACGCAGAGAAAAUCACAAUUCCGCACAUUGUGCUCGCAUCGAAGGAUGAGCCCGUCGAUGUUGUGCAGCAGUAUACUGAGAUAAUAGCUCAGAAUGGAAAAGGCGGAGUGGUUGAGACAUACGAGAAUAUGUGGCAUGGCUGGAUGGGAGCGAGGGCGGACCUGGAUGGCGAGGAGAGUGUGAAGGAAUAUCGCCGAGGGUACGAGCAGCUGGCUGCGUUCUUCGAGCAGCAUUUUAAAUGA